CAAUGAACACGUUUGAGUAGUACGUUACCAUGAACACUACCAGUAAUGCCCACAGUCACAGUCCUAUCAAAGACGUUUAUCUUGGAACGGAAUGCGGCAAGAUAGCUGAAGUUAAUGAGUUGAUCAUUGGAAGGCGAAUAGUACAUGAAAAAAACUUUGGGACUAUCUGUUAUGUCGGUGAGUUGCCGAGAUCGAAUGGGUCUUGGCUUGGAGUUGAUUGGGAUGACCAAUCGCGUGGCAGACAUGAUGGGACUUACGAUGAUGUCCGGUAUUUUCAGGCUAAAUGUCCCACUUCCGGUUCAUUUGUGAGGCCUUCAAAGGUGUCAUUGGGUACCAGUCUAGAGGAAGCUCUCGUAUAUAGAUAUGCCGUCUGCACAACUUGUCAACUGGAAAUCCAGACUUCUUUGCGAUCACGGGAAAAGCCCACAGGUAGUUCUCAUAAUAUCCUCGUUCAUGAAUGCACCCAACUUGGUCAUCUAAACAGUUACCUUGGUAGUACUGCGGAGGAAGCUGAAUACUUUGGUACUCACGGAUACCCAAAAGACACAUUACGAGUCGAACUUUACACUAAUCCUGGGACUUACCAUCAAUCGACUUCUCAUGACGAAUUAUGUGGAGCAGAUGCAGCCAAAAGUUGUCUCAGCCGAUUAAAUAGUGUUAGUUUGUCUUCUGUGCCCGUAUAUCGUGCACUAUAUGGAAAAAGUAACUUUUUCCCUGAUCGACAACCUGAAUACUCACCACUUUGGCCAUCAUCUGGAGGCUGUCUCGACCAGUUUUUAUCCAGUUUAUGCGAUCUGGAAAUGAGCAAUUGUCUGUUGUCAAAGUGGACAGAAAUUGCUGAGAUUUGUAUUCAAAUUCCGUGGUUAAAAUCCUUGAAUGUCAGUAACAACCGCAUUCGUUUACCUGUUUCUCCAAAAGAAGCGCAUGAUAAACAAAAAGAAAAUGAAUGUCUGGAAUCUAGACUUUUAUAUGACAUAUAUUCGGACCCUGUCCUAAGUGAACGGUUGUGUUCGAACGCUUUUCCCCAGUUGUCGCAACUUACUUUAGUCAAAUGCUCACUCUUAAAUUGGAAAAGUAUUAGGAGAAUAUUAUGUUGGAUGCCAUCCUUACAAUCGUUAUCUCUAGCUUACAAUAAUUUGGGCAAUCCUCCAAUUGACUGGGAAGAAAAUGCUAUUGAAGUUUUCCAAAAGUUGACUGAAUUAGACUUAACUCACAUAAAUCUAACGUCCGCUCAUCAGUUAUUCGCCCUUAUUGGAGCUUCCAAAUGUCUGAACAGCCUGUUGUUAAAUUACAACGAGAUAGCAGACAUUCCAAAUCUAAAUGAUCAUUCUAAGCACAUCUGCCAAAUACAUGUACACGAUAAAGAUAGUUCACAUCUGUUUCGAAACCUUAACACUCUUGGGUUAAAGAACAACUUAUUCACAAAUUGGAAUUUCGUUAAUCAAUUACUGCAUUUGUCCAAAUUGGAUCAUUUGAUGGUAUCAGGAUGCCCAGUUUUCGAAAACUCUGUCAGUAUAGAAACCGCUCGUCAGGAAGUCAUUGCUCGUUUGCCAAAUCUUAAAAUGUUAGACCGUGUUGAGAUUACUCCUGAAGAGCGCCGCGGAUCUGAAUUGGACUACUUAAAACGUUACGGAGCUAGCUGGCUAAACUGUUGUAAAAGUGAUCAAAAUAGUAAGCAAAAUAACGAUGUUAAACUUUUGGAGGAAUUCUACAAAUUGCAUCCUGUUUUCUCCAGACUUUGUGAUAAACAUGGAGCUCCUGAAAUUGGAGAAACCAAGGUAGCAUGUUAUUAUUUUUGACUUGUUCCCAGGUUGUUUUCUCUAUGUGACAAAAUAACUAAGUUGACCGCACAAAAAUUAAGUGUGGGGGAUAAAUAAGAUGAACUAGGCUAACUAGUUCAAAGAUCAUCGUCGUCCAAAAUAAGGGGAGAUCAAUGAAAUAUAGGAUAGUUUAGAAGCUUCAAUAAACAACCAAACCGUUUAAUUGUUCUGAGGUGUUUAUGAUAGUAUCGAAAUUGUAUUUAGUGCCGAAUUAAGUUGCAAGAAAAUAUGUUAUUUCGCUCAGAAUAAGGAUGUAAAUUCAAGGACAUAUUCAACUUUUAUUCUUAAGUAAUAAUUCAGCUGUUUAAAAUAACUCAGUGGUGAAUUACUGUCGAUGUGUUUAAAUUUAAAAGUUCUUCACUUCCCAGAGUAAUGUAUUGUUGUGGGAAUUGUAAAUCUUUUGCUUAAAUAUAAACUAAAGAUCUAACACUGUUUAGUCAUUUGAUUACAGCAUUGGUUUCAGAAGUUUCCGUUUGACUAUGCGCAUAAUCAGUUUUCAUUUUAAGCUACGUCACACACCUUAUCUACUGAAAUAACUUACCGAUGAUUGCAUCACAAGACGUUUUCUAUUAGAAUAUUUUAGCAACUAUAUGUUUUCUUUUUAAUUUCCUUCCAAAUCUCUUAGAUAUUUUUUCACUCAAUGGGUACUUGAACCCCGCUUCAUUUACUGAAAGCCUAAAGUAGAUUCCAGGAACAACUAAGGUCACACUUCGGUAGUUCUAAAAACGAGGCUGACCUAGAUGUUUCUUGGAAAGAUAUACAAACAGCAAUGACAUCUAUUAGUGAUUUGAACCAUAAGGUUACAAAACACCAGUUGAUUUAUUGUAAGUCUGGUCACAGUCACUGAUCGUCCUAAUAUAUAAGAAAGGAUCAAAAUCAUCCUGUAAUAACCAUAGAGAGAUUAGUUUGACCAAUAUAGCAUCUAAAAUGCUGGCCUCAAUAAGUAUCGGACGCCUAACUAAGACUCGUGAACUGUAAACACGAGAAAACCAGGCUAGCUUCAGACCUGGUCGUGACUGCAUCGACCACAUAUUCAUCAUUCGCCAGGUUCUAGAACACAGACAUGCUUAUCGGCGUCCGACAAUGGUGGUCUUUCUUGAUUUAAAAGCAACAUUUGACCCUGUAGACCAAGAGGUUCUGUAGCAGUGUCUGUCAUUGAAAAGUGCACCACAGAAAUACGUAAACAUUAUGAAGGCUCUUUACUCGAACACUACUAAUCGAGUCAGAGCUUAUGGCGAACUGUCAUCUGAUUUUGCAACCUCAAGUGGUGUCCGUCAAGGCUGUCCACUUUUUCCAUUUUUGUUUAACUUCAUCAUAGACUUAUUGAUGGAAAUAACAUUCUCGUCUACUGAAUUUUCGGGCAUUGAUCUCCUACCAGAGGGUCCAUUUAUCGACUUAGAAUACUCAGAUGACAUAGUCCUACUUGUUGAAGACGCUGAUAAAAUGCAGAGUCUUUUGGUGGCACUGAGCAACAAUGCCAGAAUGUUUGGAAUGCGCUUCUUCCCCUCCAAAUGCAAGUUAUUGCUCCAGGACUGGUCUGCGUCAAAACCUGAACUAAGGAUAGCGAGUGAUGUAGUCGGACGCGUUGACAACUUCACUUAUCUUGGAAGUCUGAUCAGCCCUAAUGAGUUGGUGUCUGAUGAAAUCUCAGCAUGGAUUCGGAAAACUCGUUUGGCUUUUGCCAACUUAUGUCACCAAUGGCGUAGGCAGAAUAUCCGUCUAUCAAUUAAGGGGCGAAUAUACUGCGCGGCAGUUCGUUCUAUUCUACAUUACGGCUGCGAAAUGUGACCAUUAAGAAUAGAAGAUACUCGUGAGGUACUAGUUGGGGGCGGCCAAAUCGAAACGUGGCAUCAGUCCAUAAAAUCACUAAAUUCUAGUCUGAGUCAUGAUGGUAGAUGCAGACUACUUGGUUGGGGUCCGCGUGACUAUCGUAACCAAUGGUUGAAAACUGUGGGUGAUAUGGCUCAGAAUCGAUCACAAUGGCGUUGGUGUAUACACUCUUUAUCUUCCUUUAAACCGUGAGGUUAAAAUCGCUUUAUACGUUUCUUUCUACGAAGUAAUUCUUUCUUCCUGUACUGUAUUCCUUAUACACAAUCUUUCUUUUAUAUAUUAUAACCAUUGAAUUAACUACUUCUAUGAAUUUGUUGUUCACCUUGUUGUGCUAAUGAGGUGUGGCAACUUGGACCGAUUCACAUAUGUGCCUGGUUCUACGUUGUAGCUGACUGAAUGACCGUUUCACUUACUUCGGUUUGAUUAAUAGGAUAGUAUCAUUAGCACUAAAAAUAUCCUGCAUUGUUUUCUUUGUAUUAUUUAAUCUUGUGUUAAUUUAAUUUGUUUUGUCGUUGACUCUGAAGAAGCAGCUUACAUUGUCACGAACCGUCGGAAAUACAAUAUCUCUACUCGUUGGGCCACAACAGCGAAAAAAAUUGUUAAGUUUCUACCCAAUGCUCACUUUAUUUCAAACUAUCAAGUCCAACCUUGACGUUGAUACAUACAUCAAUGUCUCUGUACCUUUCUCUAGUUUCUAUUGUUAUCAGCCUUCAGACAAUCUAAAUUAAUCUAUUUUUAUCAUGAUUUCCUGAUUAAAGUUCUUUUUAUUGCUACGUCAGUAUUUCCCAGGUUGGUUGUGUAGAGAAAAUUGUCAAUAUUCCUGCAUUAUUGCACACAAUAAACACUAUAUAAUUGUAAUUUAUUAUAAACGUGUCCUUAUUUCUCUAUGGGUUUGAACUGUGUCAAAGUAACUGAGCUGGAACACUUUCAAUGACAGAGAUCACUCAUGAAAAAGUAUGAACCAACCACUUGAUUCAUCUGUAAUUGUUGUCCAAGUGUAUCUACCUGAAUCUAAUUGUUAGUCUGAUUAUAGAUAUCAACGUCUGAGAGCAAUAUUAAGAUCAUAAAUAAGCAGUAAGAUUUGAUCGCUUUAUUUUUUGUAAAAUCUCUGUUAUCUUUGUUGUUUACAUAUCUAUUUAUCUAAUUUUUAGCCAGUUAACCGCUCAAUUAAAGCUGGCCUUCUAUCUCUUAUCUUUAUAUUACAACAUAACAAGAACAGUGGCGCAACAAACAAGCCUAGCAGUCGAUCAUCAUCGCCAAUGGAUAAAAACGAUCGAAUUCAAAAACAAAUACCUAGUCAAAUGACUAUUAACCAUUUACGUAUGAUGAUUAGACGAUUGUUUUGUUUAUCACCAAAAACACUGUUUGAAUUAUAUGCACAAAGUGGAAGGCAUCGUGGUAUUGUUAACACUGAAAUACCGUUGGAUGUAGAUACACGUGAAAUAGGAUUUUAUAAUUUAGAAAAUGACGAUUAUAUUUUUAUACGAAUAUGACAAUAGUGUUCUAGUCUUUCCUUCCUUGUAUUUACUACUUGGUUACCUCUAGUAUUUAUCUAUGUUGUAUAAUAUAUAUCUUGAUAUUCUUAAAAAUCAAGCUUGUAUUUAAUUAUUUCCUAUCCACUUACACUUUUAUGAGUUCUGUUGUGUACAUGACACAUUGUUCCAUCAACCAAGAAAGUGUAAUUAUGCGUAAACUUGAGAUAUUUUCUUUAAAUUGACUGCUUGAGGCUACCAAUUUUAUCAAAGUUUGCUUUAAGCUUAGACUCGAAUAAUGUUGUUCAAGUAAACAGCCUUCAUAAGGUUUAUGUAUUUUUGUGAUACACCUUUCACUAAAAAGCGCUAUCAAAAGAAUUUCCAGACGUUCUUAAUCAUCCCUCUGUUUCAGAGCACAGUCUAACAUAAUCAAUUGACGUGUAUCUGCUCGUCCAUUUUUGAAAUCAGUUUGAUUUUCCCGAGUUUGCUGUUCAGGAACUUUAUUUGAGAUUUUGGUGAUUUCAGACAUUACUUUAUUCAACUUGAUUGUUCUGGCUACCGCGAGAGAAUAUCUUUCCUCUCUCUUAGAUUGGGAUCGGUCAAAUGGGACUAGGCGCAGGUGUCAGAUUCUAACUAACUUCUAAAACUAAACAGCCAUUCUUAAAUACCUCGAGUUAACGUAUAAGAUCUUUUCCGCUCUUCACUUCUAGUUAGCUUUUGCCUCUUUAAGUUUACUAAUAGUCGGAGGCUUAUAUAUAUUGUCUGUUUGCUCUACUAAAAAUUACAUUAUAUGACAAGUAUUGCUACCAAUCUCGAACCUAAUUCUGCUGUGUUUCUCAACACUUGUUUAAAUAUGUAUUAACAUAAUUGAGCAGCUAACUCGCACAGUACUUUAUAUUUUAAGUAUGUUGUAUAGUCUAAUUGUUAGUUUACCUGACUGUAAAUUUAUAUAUUUAGGCAAGACCGGAAACAGUAAUGUUCCAAACUAAUUUCUCUCACUUGAAGUUGCUUGUUACUUAAUGUUGUAUGCAUUAUUUAUUUUAUUCAUGGAUGUCACCUCUGAUGCAUAUAUUUAUUCACUGCAAAAUUUAACACUAAUUUUCAAACGUCAAUUCAUCUUAAUCAAUAAUUGGUGAGACUAUAGUUUAUGGACGACCUUUGAGCGACGCCAAAGUGACCUUGAGAGUGUCUACCUACUUACUAGGGCUAAAUAAGGGUUAUAAAGCUGUUUGAAGAAUAAGAAUUAUGAUUCACAGUUGAGGGUUAGGAAUUAGAUUUAGGGUUUUCUUCACGAACUGACAUCAGCUUUAAUGCCAAGACUAUUUAGCCAAAUCAGUGAAUGCGUUUCGCGCCAAAAUCUAAGACCUGUUAUCGUAAAUCUGAUUGGUUCGUCCAUAGAUCAUAGUCUCAUUAAUUAAAGAGUUUCCAAACUAAUGCAUCUAAUAGUUUUAUUUACAUGACAAAUGGUUCAAAUCCUUACCUCUUUGUUUUAGUAAUAUGUUCGUUCAAUAAUCUUAAAAAUAUCGUCAAACUAAGUGUUCAUCAGUUGUGUCUUAAAUGUAAUCACUUUUCACAACAAAUAAUUUUAUUAAAACACGAAUUUCAGCGAAGGGAUCUCUUUUCAACGAAUUUCGUGUUUUAAUUUUAAUGUUUAAAUG